AUGAAACCAAAUAUUCACUGCCUUCUCACGUAUACUGAUUAUUUUAGUGAUUUUAAUUAUGAGAAAGAUUAUUUUCAUUCUAACAGUUUUCGCAAUUCACAUGCCGACUUUUUAAAUUUUAUCAAAUGCAGUACAAUUCAUUCCAUAUGUGCAGUUGACGCAGGAAAAUUUGAACAAAUCUCAGAUAACCAUGAUCUCUUAAUAAUAGGAUCAAAAACUGGAGUAUUACUUUACGAUCCAAAAAAUAAUAUAGAUAUAUUUUAUAAAGAGUUAAAAAAUGAUGGUGUAAAUACAAUUGUGUAUAAGCAUUUUGAACAACAGGAACAGCAACAACAACGACAACGACAACUAAGUCAUCAGAAAUAUAAAGACUCUGAUGUUAUCCUUGUUGGUGGCAAUUGUACAUUGACUAUAUUGAAUUAUUCAGGUUUGGAGUUAUUUUGGACUGUAACUGGCGAGGCAAUAUCUUCACUGACAUGUUUAUCAUAUGAAAAUACUGAAGAAUAUUUUAAUGAUAUUAUAAUCGGUUCUGAAGACUACAGUAUACGUGUAUUUCGCGGUGAUUUAAUUGUUCAUGAAAUAUCUGAAACAGACGUUGUAACUAAACUUGUUUCACUUGGUGGAGAAUACUUUGGUUAUGGCUUAAAUAACGGUACGAUUGGUGUAUACAAUAGAACAAGUCGUGUAUGGCGCAUUAAAGUAUGUGACUACAGUAUAAUGAAUCAUCAUUAUUAUGUACAAUGA